CAACUUCCUGAUCUCAGACACUUAUUCUAUCUCCUCGUCACUAGGCAGCGCUGAACUUUAGAAGGACCGCCCAUAGGGAUUGGUUUUAACAAUACUGGGAAGUAGCAGCAGGAGAUCAGUCAAGCAGUCGCGGCAGCAGUGAAUCUGCAGGUUGGCAAACGGCGUUUCUAAUACCGAAGUGAUUUCCUCCACCAACAGCAUCAGUUUUUCCACAGCAGGCCACUGUGUGAUCCGAGUGAAAGAGAGUGCAUUAACUGAUGGCUGACCCAGGAACUGAUCCUCAGUCAUCUAAGACCGAGCCACUGGUAAAUAAUAAAACUCCUGAAACCCAGCCUCCUGCAGCCUUUCCAGCUGAAGCAUAUCCAUAUGGAGCCUAUCCUCCUGGUGCAUUUCCUCCUGGGGCAUAUCCUCCAAAUGCCUACCCGCCUGGGGCAUAUCCACCUGGGGUAUAUCUGCCUACUGCCCAGCAGCCUGUUGCCCAACCACCUGGGGUAUAUAGCAAUCAAGCUCCUCUCGGACCAGGUGGUAUUCCACUGAUGCCAGCACCAAGCGGGAUCCCAAAUUGCCCACCAGGCCUGGAGUAUCUCACGCAGGUAGACCAGCUUCUGGUUCAUCAGCAGGUGGAAUUGUUGGAAGUCUUAACAGGAUUUGAGACCAACAACAAAUAUCAGAUUAAGAACAGUCUUGGCCAACUGGUCUACUUUGCUGCUGAAGAAAAUGACUUCUGCAAUCGAAAUUGCUGUGGAAACCUACGUUCCUUUGACAUGAAGAUCCUUGACAAUUUAGGACAGGAGGUGAUAAAUCUGUACCGUCCCUUGAGAUGUGCCGGAUGCUGUUGCCCAUGCUGUUUGCAGGAGUUGGAAGUGAAGGCGCCACCAGGUGAGCCAAUUGGAUAUGUUGUCCAAACGUGGGACCUAUGUCUGCCAAAAUUCACCAUUCAAAAUGAUAAGAAGGAGCCCGUAUUGAAGAUUAUUGGUCCUUGCUGUAUCUGCAACUGUUGCAGCGAUAUUGAUUUUAAGGUUACAAAUCUUGAUGAAAGUGAAACGGUUGGUAAAAUCUCAAAGCAGUGGACUGGACUCGCAAGGGAAGCUUUCACAGAUGCCACAAACUUUGGGAUCCAGUUCCCCAUGGAUUUGGAUGUUAAGAUCAAAGCAGUUAUGCUGGGGGCCUGUUUUCUCAUUGAUUAUGUGUUCUUUGAGAAAAAUAACUGAACAAGGAUCUGACUGUGGAACUAUCUCUUAGAUUGAAACCAAUAAAAGAUUGAUAAAGGAUGUCUUAACUCUUCCACCUUUACUGAAGAUGCACUAAUGAUGGCUCUUCUUCAUGGUUUAAACUAUGCUGAAAUGUUACCAACAUGCAAAGUUACUUGAUAUUGAACACAAUGGACUUCCAAAGGCUGUGACGUCUUCGACUGAUGCUGAAAGGAGUACUAAUUUUAGCUGCAGUGCAAAUGCCUGAGCUGCUAUAGCUCCUCCGCUUAAAGGACAACCGUUUUUUCUGUUUGUGGACUGAAAUGGACUUGCGUUAGCACAAGUGAGUAACCUGCAAAACAAUGGAUUGCUGUCCCCCUUGACAUGUUGUUCCCACCGGACACACCCCACAGGCAAUGCUCCUCAGCAGGAGUGGGAAAGCUAAAAACAUAUCCUGGAAUUCUUUACCUGGUGGAAAGUUUAUCUGUUUGAGGAAAAAGAUGUGACGCACACAGCAGAACUCUCACUUUUCAGCUAUUCCAAACAAGAAGGAAAAAAGUAUCGCACAAUGUCAUUCUGGGAACCAAAUUGCAAUAGAAUAUAACAUAUAUUUUUGAACAGCAUAAUUCAUUUAGAAUACAGUAUAUUUUCAAACAAUCACAUAUAUCUGCACAGUCUCUGAUCGAAUGGGCAAAUGUCUAUGGACAGAAGUCUUUUAUUUACUCCAAACGGUUAAUAGAACUAGUGAGAAAUUGACUUUCUGUACUGAAUAUUCCUCUAUUACAUCGAGAUGUCAUUAAAUCAAUAAAUACAGCUGUUGUGUUUUUAUUAUGGCAA